UCCUCAGCCGCGCUCCGUAACAUGUACGACACACAUCUGGCGGCAUCGUUGACGUUCAAAUCUACGAAAGCCAUUGCUGCACCGGUGUGCGUCAUCAUCUAGAUUGUUAGCAAGUUUAACAGUGUUUCGGUCUGUCCUCCUGUUUGAAGAUGGGAGCCGCCUCCGUAUCUGGUCGUCGACACGUCACGACCGCGUGCAACCCUUGCCGCGAUGACAAGAUCAAAUGCGACGGGAAAAGCCCAUCGUGCAGCCAGUGCACCGACAAGAAACGCCAGUGUGCGUAUAACACCAGGACGGACAGGCGAAAGAUUUCACUACGGAAGUCAAUCGAGACCUUCUCUCGUCGGCUGAGACAACUCGAGGCCGUUCUAGUCUCGCAUGGGAUCGGGCUUCCGCAGAUUCCCAACGAAGAUGACGCUUCUAUGAUAGACUCACUCAUGGACAUGUAUGCGCCUACUCCAGAGCCUCUAACUCCUCCGUCGCCAAUCGCAGUUGUGAGCUCUGAAUCGCCGGACCAAGCCAUGCCCAUGCCACCCCCGGAUCCUGAACCGUGUAUCGUGGCGAAUCCGUGUAUGGAUGCUACGGAACAGCCAAGUAUCCCUGGCAGUACUCUGUUCCAAUUCAACUCCGCCAUUGACGAAGACUGGGUCUGGAACGUGGGUGCCUAUUCAUCAUAUCCCGCCUUGGACCUCGGCGGCUUCACUCCCAUUACUCCCAUGGGAAGCGACACGGUUAUUGAACGCGCCGCGGCACAUCCUACAAUCUCCCACGGCACACUCUCGCCGACCUUGAUUAACGAUGAAGACUCGUCGGAUGAUGACGACUGCCCCGAAGUGACGAGUCAGUUUUCCUCCCGGCUUGGAACUCUCUUAAGUACAGAUACCGGCGAGCGCCGAUUCUACGGCGCAACCUCUAACAUGCAUUUCAUGCAGGGAAGGCGCGCUAUGAAGCAUUCACUAGCAUCUCAGGCGCGGGAGCCACAGAUUCAGGCCAAACUGGAGAACGCCGGUGUCGGUCAGAAGGUGCCAGUUGAGCUCACUCGACAUCUGACCGAUCUCUACUUUACCUGGCAGAAUCCCAGCCUGUAUGUCGUGGAUAGGCGGGAGUUUGAAAAAGCGCGAGAUGCUUAUGUCCUUUACAAGCGGGAGAAUACAUUCUACUCGGAAGUCUUAGUCAACGCCUUGUGCGCCGUAGGGGCAGCAUUCAACAAUAACCGGUAUCCCGGAUUGCCGUUUUCUUUGAGUGAGUUCUUCGCCAAGCGGACAAGGGCACUUAUAGAUAUGGAGUUGGACACGCCGCGGAUAGCUACGAUCCAGGGCCUCGCAGUACUAAGCAUCCACGAAGCUUCCGCUACGAGAGAUACCCGCGGCUGGCUCCUUAGCGGAAUGGCAAUAAGGCUUGCUUUUGACCUAGGACUUCACCUAAACACGAAACAAUAUGUCCAGGAUGGGACUAUGACAGCAGAAGAAGCGCGGGCACGAAGCGUCACUUUCUGGGGUCUCAUUGCCACUGACAGAAUGUGGGGAAUAUAUCUCGGCCGGCCGUUUCACAAUACCCUCGAGACUGUCAGCGUUGAAAUGCCUACGUACCCGCAAUUAGGACAUAAGGCGACUCUGUGGACGGCAUAUGGUGCAUAUAGCGACCAUUCAAAAGGCCUUAUUCUUCCCGAUCCAAGUCAUGUUCUAUCGGAGAAGUGGCAGGCAUUGUAUGAGAUUAUGUCUCCUUUGGAACUAAGCCUGUAUUUUAAAGCAGAUAUUACUAACAAAGUAGAACUGGUGACAUUCUCUCAGCAUACCUAUGAACGGCUUUUAGCAUGGAAAGCCGAGCUGCCAAGAGAACUAGCCAUUGACAUGGACAAUUUAGAGACGACAAGUUAUCUCCCCCAUGUCCUCAUGUUGCAUAUGCAAUACGCCUUAUUCAUAAUCACCCUUCACCGGCCAUGGGUAGCCAAAAAUUAUAUCCAGCCGACUCCUCUCUUCGGCUCGGGACCUCGCCAUGCGCGUGAGAUGUGUCUUCGCUCUGCCGUCGACAUAGCGAAUCUUAUCCGCGCCUUUGACCGGCAAUAUUCCCUCCAAAGAGCAAACAUGCUUCUUGUACAUAUAGCAUUCACCGCCGCCUUAAUACUCCUCUACGCAACCGUGUCUGAAAAGGAUUUCGACUGUCAACGCGAGCUGUCUACCCAAUUAGAUAUGUGCUGUCAAGCGCUAGCAGAACUUGGGAAUUCGUUUGAAAACGCAGCAAGAACACUUGAUAUCCUUCUAUCCGUCAAGAGAAUGUGGCAGGCAAGCCUAGUCUCGGGAAUGCAAACCAAGCGCCCACAACCUCGAGAAUGGUUCCCGAUCAAUCCUUCUAGCAAAAGAUUGAGGAUAUCCGAGCAUUGUGUGUGAUUCAAAAGGGUCAGCUCUGUUAAGCGGACGCCUUGUGAUAUACACGAUACUACGACUACUACAUAUCGCGUCGUAUAGCCUAUCAAAAUAUUCCAUUACAGUUGAAUUUCGAUAACUACCUCGAUGACAAGGGCUUCAGCAUCAUCAUCUGGCCUGGUAACCAUGCCAAGGUCCUGGGUGGCUGGUUGAGGGCUUGUUAUAUGCGUGAUUAAUAUACAAACGUCUAGCAGAGUGGCUUCUAGCUUGAGCGCGUUUAUGGU